AAUGAGGAGCGGGACACUCGGAAUCCAGGAUCCCGCCCCGUCAGUUCCUCAGCCAAUCAGCAGCACUAGUCGGGUCGGCCGCUCUCUCUCCAACCCCCGAACAGGCGACCGCGGCGACAUAGGCCGCGGCCAGAUGUGGGGCAGGAGAACUGGCGCCUUGCUCCGGGUCCGAGGCCUGUGGCCGGCAGGGGUCCUCGGAAGGAGACCGCUAAGCUGCAGUGCUGCGUCUCUGGCGGGAAACAGUUCCCCCCAGUGUUGGAACUGCGGUGGCCCAGGGAGCCACAUGCGUGGGGACGGGUUCUUCUGUCCACAGUGCCGCGCGCUGCAGCCACCUGACCCCACUCGAGAUUACUUCAGCCUCCUGGACUGCAACCGUGCCUUCAGAGUUGACACAGCAAAGCUCCAGACUAGGUACCAGGAACUACAGCGUCUUGUCCACCCUGAUUUCUUCAGCCAGAGGUCUCAGACUGAAAAGGACUUCUCAGAGAAGCAUUCAACCCUGGUGAAUGAUGCCUAUAAGACCCUUCUGGCUCCCCUGAGCAGGGGACUAUACCUUCUAAAGCUCCAUGGAGUAGAGAUUCCUGAAGGGACAGAUUAUGAAAUGGACAGGCAGUUCCUCAUGGAAAUAAUGGAAAUCAAUGAAAAACUUGCAGAAGCUCAAAGUGAAGCUGCCAUGAAAGAGAUUGAAUCUAUUGUCAGAGCUAAACAGAAAGAACUGACUGACAAUGUGAGCAGAGCUUUUGAACAAGGACGAGCUGAACCAUCUGUUGAGACUUGGUAGAAGAGGAUAUUUGGUGGAUGACGUGAGCAAUCAGGCAUUUAAUGAGGAGCAUCUCUAUGGAAACAAAAAGAAAACAAAGGCUAAUGGUGGGAACAGACUAUAAACCCAGUUUCUGAGUCCAGAGGCCAGGCAGUCACUUGAGAAGACACUGACCCCUUAAGCAUCUUUACAUGGUGGUGUGAGGACAGCAGUGGCAAUCUGAUAGAUUUCUUGUUUUAUAGUCUGAAUGUUGGUAGUGAUGGCAUAGACGUCAGUGUCACAGCCAUGGCUAUUUCUGAGGGCAGAGCAUGGAAGACACAGGUUUUCUGGUGGCUUUUGGGGUAGCCCAAGUGGCAGCAAGUCCAGGCACAAAGGUUGCCAGCACAUGAUUUGUAGUGAUGAGUUCUUUGAUGCUUAUAUCAAAUUGUCGGGGCUUAGCUUACAAGGUGUUUUCAGAUCCCAGAGGAA